CUUUUAUCUUAUUUUCACCGACAAUCCUAAUUUCUCAGAUUUCCAGUCUUCCCCAAUUGAUUUCCUUCUUCCCCUCUCAGAUUUCACUAUUAUUUUACUUCGAUUUACUUCGAAUUUCACCGACAAGCUGUUUCAAUAUACAAGAGCAAAUACAAGGAAAAGCAAGGGGGACAGAUAGGAUUGGUGGUGGAUUGUGAAUGGGCAGAGGCUAAUUCUGACUAAAGUGAAGAUAAACAUGCUGCAGCAAGGCGCCUUGAUUUUCAGCUGGGAUGGUGCUUACAUCCUCUCUAUUAUGGAGACUACCCUCAAGUUAUGCGUGAAAGACUUGGAAACCGACUUCCCAAGUUCUCAGAGGAAGACAAUGAGUUGCUUAGGAACACAAUGGACUUUGUUGGCCUGAAUCAGUAUACAGCAAGGUUUAUUGCUCAUGCAACAGAUGGUCCUGAAAAAGUCUCUUUCUAUAAAGAUCAAGAGAUUGAAAUAAUUGCUCAAUGGGAACGGGGUGAUAUGAUUGGUGAGAAGGUAUGAAUUAUGUCUCUGGUGUCCUUGUGCAUGCGUAUUUGUGCAUAGACUAGGGCUUUGGAAGAUCCAGGUCUUCCAUUCUACUAAGAGAUAUAUGAAUGGCAGGCAGCUUCGGAGUGGCUCUAUAUUGUGCCCUGGGGCAUACGGAAGGUUUUGAAUUACAUAGCUCAGACAUACAAUAAUCCCACAAUAUAUGUGACUGAAAAUGGUAUGGAUGAUGAAGAUGACAGUAGUUUGACUCUCCAUGAGGUGCUGGAUGACAAA